AGAGAGAGAGAGAGAGAGAGAGAGAGAGAGAGUAAUGGAGAAGAAGAGCAGGAUACUGAUAGUUGGAGCGACUGGAAAUCUGGGUUUCGAAAUAGCCAAAGCCAGCCUCCAAGCUUCUCAUCCCACGUAUGCCCUGGUCAGGGACUCCGCCUUCUGCGAUCCCCUGAAAUCCCUCAAGCUUCAAUCCCUCUCCGAUUCCGGCGCCACUCUUCUCAAGGGUUCGCUGCAAGAUGAGACGAGCCUCAUUGAAGCAAUCAAGCAAGUGGAAGUCGUGAUUUGUGCUGUUUCGUCUAAACAAGUCCUCGAUCAGAAGCUCCUCGUUGCGGCUAUCAAACAAGCUGGGUGUAUCAAGAGGCUCAUUCCAUCAGAGUUCGGAUUAGAUCCAAGUAAAGCACGGAUAUCUGGUCUGGACCACAACUUCUAUGCUAGGAAAGCAGAAAUUCGACAUCUUGUAGAAGCUGAGGGCAUUCCGCACACCUAUAUUUGCUGCAACUUCUUUACGAGCUACUUGCUUCCAUCAAUAGUGCAGCCAGGACUAAAGACCCCUCCGAGGGACAAAUUCACGAUAUUUGGAGAUGGCAAUGUAAAAGGUGUUUUUAUGAAGGAGAGUGAUGUUGCUGCCUUUACCAUCAGUACAGUGGAUGAUCCACGGACAUUGAAUAAGGCGGUCCACUUGAGGCCCCAAGGAAAUGUUUAUUCGAUGAAUGAGCUGCUUGAGCUUUGGGAGAGCAAGAUUGGGAAGAAGCUUGAGAAGAUUUAUGUGCCAGAGGAGGAGCUUCUCAAAAAAAUUAAAGAGACUCCAUAUCCAGACAACAUGAACAUGAUUUUCAUAUACGGUGUGUUUGUAAAAGGAGAUCAGACAUAUUUUGAUAUCGAGUCACCAGACGGUGUGGAUGGGACAAAGCUGUAUCCGCGUCUCAAAUACACUACAAUUAGCCAGUACUUAGACACACUUGUGUGAGGGUUCUCCCUUACCAAUGAAUUUAGGGAUUACACAUUCAUGUCAGAUUCAGAUCCUAACCGGUCCAUUGACAGACAGCCAGAGGAACAAGUUCUGGAGAAUGUCAAAGGUCAGUUGGGGCAUUGUUAUUGAAGUCUGCGAGUUAAGUAAAGACCCCUACGGCCUUGGCAGAAAAUCUUCCCAAUCCUACUUCUCGUCUUGUGAAUUGAGAUGUACGGAUGCUGUAAAAGAUAUCAGAAGUACCAUUUCUUUUUCUUUUUCUUUUCCUGUUUUUGCAGAGGAAUAAAAAUGAAAUAUUGAUCGGCCACUCUGCUUUUGUCAAGGGAGGUCACGCAGAAUUUGAGAUUGAACUGUUAUUUGGUUUGGAGGCAUUGGGGCUCAAAAACACUGAUGCCAAGUAUGUCACUGUUGAUGUACCUUAAUCAGGUUUUCUGAGGAUGAAACUUGGUGGUAGUUUCUCUGUUGUGAUCUGGAUUUUUUUUGUCAAUCUCAAUAAGAGAGAUCAUAUUGAUAGAAUA